GUGGCCGGCAACCAUCGAGGGCCCAGAGAGAGAAAAUGGCGGGUCCAGCACGAGAACUUUAGACUCCCGCUGUCCCUUUUUCAUUCCCUUCUGUUGGUCAUCAGGCGAACACGUUUCACGGAGCUCCAUGAUGUGAACAUCCUUCUGAGAGGAUUAGACGUUGUCGUGGACAUCAGUGUGAAUCAUGGACUCUUUAAUGACCAGCAGGUCAUAGGAAUGUAUGCUGGUUUGGCACCCCACCACGUCAACCUUGUCCAUGUUCUGCUCUGGCCUUCUGAUGGCUAUUGUCUAAGCCUGGUCCUGGCCCAUCCCCCAUCAAGGGAUCCCCCCAGGUAACUAAAACUCUGCCAGGAGCGACAUCACAGCAGAUCGACCAAUCACAGAGCUCCUGAAGGCCGUCCUGGCUCAGCACAUGUGCCACCUGUCACUGUAGACCUAAAGACUGGUCUUAAUGCUGCAGCCGAUCCUCGUCUACGUCCCUUUACUACCGUCUCUGCUCACUUUGGGAUAUCUAAAGGUUUCUUUUGGAACACUUCAGAGACAAAGACACCUCUUUUCUCCACUUUUUACAUUUUUGUCUUUAAUAAACAAGCAGAAGAAGAAAUAAGGAGGAUUGGAAGCUUGUCCUUUGAUACGACUCUUUGCCCUCUUAAGAGCUGAGACAGAAGGAGAGGCGGUGUUUGGCAGCGGUUCUUCUACACAAGUGCAGACCAGAUCCUUUCACAGAGACACGCCAACAACAUGCCGACCGUCAAGGGUAAGAAGAAGAAGCCAAAGAAGGAGGUCAGCUUAGGGGAGGAGUCAGGGGAAGUGGCCCUGGACAUGGAGAUGGAGGAAGGGACCAAAAAGAGCCAGUCAGACAGCAGAGAACCUUUGACCCCUGAGCCGCAGGAUCCAGCACCACAGAAGAAGAAGAAAAAAAAGAGAGCAGCGACCAUCGAUCAUGAAGUUGAUCAUGCUGACACACCGAACGGUAACACAAACGAGCCAACCAUAGACGGAGAGGAGACGACCGUCGCUGUGAGCAGAAAGACCAAAAGAAAGAGGAAGUCGAAGACGACGGAGCAUUACAGCAACGACCUCGGAGCUGAAGACGAUGAUAUCAUCACAGAAGCCCAGUCCCCGAUCCCCCAGCAUUCCCUGUUCUCUGCUCCACAUAGCCACAGCCAGCCCGUCGGGAAAGUGUUCGUGGAAAGAAACAGGCGUUUCCAGGCAGAACGAGUCGAUCAGCUCCGACACUCUGAGAUGAUGGAUGACUACAUGGAUCCCAGACCGCUCUGGACCACCAGAGAUGUCGCCAUGAAGGUCCAUGGUGGAUUCAGGGUCAUCGGCCUCUUCUCUCAUGGCUUCCUGGCAGGUUACGCCGUGUGGAACAUCAUAGUGGUGUACGUGUUGGCAGGUGAGCAGAUGACCACGCUGCCUAACCUGCUGAAUCAGUACCAUCGUCUGGCUUACCCCGCCCAGUCGCUGCUCUACCUGUUGCUCGCCAUCAGCACCGUGUCCGCCUUCGACAGAGUUAAUCUGGCCAAAGCCUCCAUGGCUCUGAGAGGUUUCCUCACUCUCGACCCUGCAGCUCUCGCUUCUUUCUUAUAUUUCAUCGCCCUCAUCCUCUCCCUCAGUCAGCAGAUGACUAGCGACCGCAUCAACCUUUAUCCUACAGCCAAUGAGACGCUGUGGCCUCCAGGUUCAGAGCAGCAGAUCCUGAGGCCUUGGAUCGUGGUUAACCUGGUGGUGGCGCUGUUGGUAGGCAUGGCCUGGGCCGUUGUCUCGACACGGCCGGACAUCGACUACACAGAAGAGUUUUUGAUGUCAAUGGAGGUGGAGUCUUACCCCAGAGGAGAGGAAAAUGCGGACAACCCUGCCUGAACUUUGACACAUUCCUGUAUUUGUCUAAUGUUUGUUUUUAUACCAUAUUUUGACUAGCAUAUUGUUUUCCUAAGAGUGGUUUUAUAAAUAAAGAAAUACAGUAUGUGUAUAGUA